AAAUUCAACUUCUGUCUAAUCAAAACAAACGACGCGACCGAAACGUUUUUUUGUGUGUUCUGAAUCCUGAUUCCCGAAAACAUCUUUUUAUACAUUCAACUCGUUGUUUCUGACUACUAUUACGAUAAAAAUAUGCUGGAAAUCACUUGCAACGAUCGGUUGGGCAAAAAGGUUCGCGUGAAAUGCAACCCGGACGAUACGAUCGGGGAUCUGAAGAAACUGAUUGCUGCCCAAACCGGAACCCGGUAUGACAAAAUCGUACUGAAAAAGUGGUACACCAUCUUCAAGGACAACAUCAAACUAUCGGACUAUGAGAUCCACGACGGUAUGAAUCUGGAACUGUACUAUCAGUAGUUUGAAGUUCGAUUGUUCGAGAAACUUUGUGGCGAAAGGCUGAUAUAUUCUUCACAAUAAGGCUUCUUUUAUUCUAAGGUGUAAUAAUUUAACAAUACAAGCGUGUAAAUAAGA